GCGAGCGGCCACCUUCGCACGUGAAACGGCACGCGGGGCGCGGGCAUCGCUCCGCGGGGUGGCUGUCUGGGGCCCGUGGGGCGUGCGGAGGCCGCCGAGGCCCGUGAAGAGCCGGCGCGGAGCGCUGCGUCGGCGCCAUGUCCCUCAUCUGCUCCAUCUCCAACGAGGUGCCGGAGCACCCGUGCGUGUCCCCCGUGUCUAAUCACGUCUAUGAACGGCGGCUCAUAGAGAAGUACAUUGCUGAGAAUGGUACAGAUCCUAUCAACAACCAGCCUCUCUCUGAGGAGCAGCUCAUCGACAUCAAAGUUGCUCACCCGAUCCGGCCCAAGCCUCCCUCAGCCACCAGCAUCCCGGCCAUCCUGAAAGCCUUGCAGGACGAGUGGGUGAGCCGUCUCUCUGGCCGCGCUGGGUCCCCCUCCUGGCCCUCACCGUGUGCUUCCCUCUCCCAGGAUGCGGUCAUGCUGCACAGCUUCACCCUGCGCCAGCAGCUGCAGACCACCCGCCAGGAGCUGUCCCACGCGCUGUACCAGCACGAUGCCGCCUGCCGUGUCAUUGCCCGCCUCACCAAGGAAGUCACUGCUGCCCGAGAAGCUCUGGCUACCCUGAAGCCGCAGGCUGGUCUCAUCGUACCCCAGGCUGUGCCGAGCUCGCAGCCAAGUGUGGUGGGUGCAGGCGAGCCCAUGGAUUUGGGUGAGCUGGUGGGCAUGACCCCGGAGAUUAUCCAGAAGCUUCAAGACAAGGCCACUGUGCUGACCACGGAGCGUAAGAAGAGAGGGAAGACUGUGCCUGAGGAGCUGGUGAAGCCAGAAGAGCUCAGCAAAUACCGGCAGGUGGCAUCCCAUGUGGGCUUGCACAGUGCUAGCAUUCCUGGGAUCCUCGCCUUGGAUCUCUGCCCCUCAGACACCAACAAGAUCCUCACUGGUGGAGCGGAUAAAAAUGUCGUCGUCUUUGACAAGAGCUCUGAGCAAAUCCUGGCCACCCUCAAAGGCCACACCAAGAAGGUCACCAGUGUGGUAUUCCACCCUUCCCAGGAUCUGGUGUUUUCCGCCUCUCCAGAUGCCACUAUCAGGAUUUGGUCAGUUCCGAAUGCCUCUUGCGUCCAGGUUGUACGGGCGCAUGAGAGCGCUGUGACAGGCCUCAGCCUCCAUGCCACCGGGGACUACCUCUUGAGCUCUUCAGACGACCAGUACUGGGCCUUCUCUGACAUCCAGACGGGCCGUGUGCUCACCAAGGUCACGGACGAGACCUCCGGCUGCUCUCUCACCUGCGCUCAGUUCCACCCUGAUGGCCUCAUUUUCGGAACAGGAACCAUGGACUCUCAGAUCAAGAUCUGGGACUUGAAGGAGCGCACCAAUGUGGCCAAUUUCCCUGGUCACUCAGGCCCCAUCACCAGCAUUGCCUUCUCCGAGAACGGCUACUACCUGGCCACGGCAGCUGAUGACUCUUCGGUCAAACUCUGGGAUCUGCGCAAGCUGAAGAACUUCAAGACGCUGCAGCUCGACAACAACUUUGAGGUGAAGUCCCUUAUCUUUGACCAGAGUGGUACCUACCUGGCCCUGGGGGGCACAGACGUCCAGAUCUACAUCUGCAAACAGUGGACGGAGAUUCUUCACUUCACAGAGCACAGCGGCCUGACCACGGGGGUGGCCUUCGGACACCACGCCAAGUUCAUUGCUUCUACAGGCAUGGACAGGAGCCUCAAGUUCUACAGCCUGUAGGCCAUGUCCUUUCUGACGGAAGUGGCCUCAUCUCAUAGUGGGGUAGAGUGAGGGUGGGGGUGGGGGUAGCUGCUUUGGGAGGGGGCAUCCCUGGGGUGGGACUUUCACAUCAUUUCACUCUGGUCGGGGUGGUGGCCUGAGAGCCAUCGCGGCAGGGACCACCCCCAUCCGUGCAUCCUCCAAGCUCUACUGGACCGGCCCUGGGAGCAGGAACUAUCCCCUUGCGAAGGCUCGGGGUCGGAGCCCAAGGCCUCUGAGGGGUGGCUGUUCCACUCAUGCACUGUUCCAGUCCUGUGAGCAGGAGAGGCUGACCCAGGGGAACUGUGGAGGGGGUGGGCGUGAGGGCCCGUGAAGGUUUUUGUAAGCAGUGAUCUAGUUUCAUUAAAAAAAGACAAUAA